GAAUACUAAAGGAUUAAAUGUGAAGAGAGUUUAGUAAAUUUCAAAAGCGUGUUGGGGUUGCACAACAAGUUUUCCGUAUUCGCUUAUGUAUCUCUCUUCAAAUAAUCGAAUCACAAGCUGGUGAAAGCGACGAAUCUCCCAUUAAUCUGUGGAUCAAGUUUCCUGAUUCACAAAAACACACCACUUGUCUUGCAAACUCUACGAUGGUGUAUGAGGUUCUUUUUUUCGCUUUGACGAUUAUAGGAGUCAACAGAAGCAGUUCGUUGAGCGGUGGCUAUUACCAGUUGUCCAGCCUAUCCUGCAAGAAAUGCCCAGCAGGAUCUUUCACACUCUGCUCACAAAAUGAAGAGUCACGGUGUGAAAAGUGCCCGGAUGGAACAUACACUGAUAAGCCUUCUCGCCGAGGAACGUGCAAGCGCUGCGCCAGAUGUGCUUACAACGAAUUCGAGUCACAUCCUUGUAAUUCAACGUCGAAUACCGUUUGUGUGAAAUGCAGAAAAUGUCCUGUAGGCUUCGGCGUGUUCAGGCCUUGUGAAAAGAGAAGAGACACUGAUUGCGUGAAGUGCCCUGUUUCCGAGGGCUGGCUUAGCGAUUACCUUAAAACUGAUUGUGGAUUUAAAGCUGGUUAUGAUGUUGGUAUCGAUAUCAAGAGAAAAGAAAAGCCUAAGGACACUUUUGUAGUUAUAAAAGAGGAGAUAAACCCCUGGGAAAAUGGCAGAAAGAACCCCAAGACUCAGGCUAAACUUGCGUUUGUUGAGAAACUUGUCAACGCUAGCAUCUUUGUAUCCGCGAUACCUUCCCUUGUUCCAACGCCUUCAAGUGUAUUCUCCGCAACGAAGUCCACUAGUGCAGUAGACCAAGGUACAGUUUUGGUCAGUUCUGCUAUUCAUAGCUCAGCAUCGUCUUCACCGAGCGUCGAGAAUUCAAUUACUCUCCCCGCGGGAGAAAGCAUUGGCCCUACGCUCCGAACGGAUAUUCCUUCCAAACGGCGACCUCCAUCACGCCCGACAGAAAAAUCUGAUUCCUCCCUUAAAACACCGACACAUUUUGGAGUACAAGGAGAUGAUGGGAACAUUCCUAGUCGUACAGCGCGAAAAAUUCCUCAGAACAGAACAGAUGCAACGACAACGGGUGUAACAUCGCCCGUUUCACCUGCGGAGCGCGUCAAGACCGGGUACAUCAACAACCACGGAGUGGAUGACGAAUAUAGCACAGAAUCCUAUCACCAUCGUAGUACCUGGUGGAAGCUGGGAACUGAUACUGACACAGCAACAUUGGUGGUCACCAGCAACAAAGGACAUAUAGAAGUGGAUAUCCCCCCUCCAACAAAGGAAGUCCAGGCCUCAGACUAUGAACUUAACCGAAACUGGCUGUGGAUAGUAGGAGCUUCCGUUUCCGUUGUUAUUCUUGCGGGUUUAGCCCUCAAGGUAAAGAAAGCCAAAGGGUCUUUGUUUACUUUUCCUCGUCUAAGGGUUAACUGCAGAAGCCCUCCACGCUGCGUGCAAUCGACGGACUGUUGUGAUAGGGCUUCUAUAUCAAGCGCUUCAGGAGCUUACAAGGAACAGACCGAGACCUCCACCAGAUCAAAGUACACCGAGGAAGAUGAAACAGAAAAUAAUUUACCAACUUCCGACCCAACUCAGUACAUUUUGCCGUACACUGGAAGCACUCUUGUGAUUGCAGAUGUUCAUCAUACCUCGCAAUUUGAUGGGCUCGGCAUAAGGUCGCUUAGUUACAUAACGGAAGCAGAGGCCAGGUUCGACAGUUCUGGUGGAAAGCUUUCUGCGCCGGACUCUGAUGUAGUUAUCACUGUAGGGAGUGGAGCAGUUCCCGAGGGAAAUAAACACCCUUUUUUCUUCCGUGUGCCCAAGCAUGACACUACUUUGUUGCAGGAUAUCCCAGAAAUGCCCGAUGGAAAACUAAUUUCCCCCGUUAUCGAGUGUGGACCUCACGGCCUAACCUUGUUGAAGCCGGUGGAAAUCACUGUUCCACAUGAUCUGUGCUUGGACAAGGUCAAGAAAGACUCGAUAAGGGUUUACAGAUGUGAGCCAUCCUCUGAAGGGCCGCUAAAAUGGGAGAAAGUUCCUUCAGCAUCAGAAAAAAACUGCCAAUCCAAAGCAUGGUUUACAGUGAAGAAGAACUCCAUCCACAUCAAGACAACGACCUUUUCCAGAUGGAGCGUGUUUGCCUGUGGCGGAACGAAGAGGAAAAGAGCGAGAGUUUACUUUAGCAGACAUAACACGAGAAGCGAUCACAUUUACCUACGCUUCUACAUUUACAGUGAUAAUGAGGAUUCAAAGAAGCGAGUGAAAGAACAAGAGAAAGAGUCUUUUCCCGGCCAUAAAUCAUCAAAGGAGAAACCCUUUAAGAUGUGCGACGGCGAAACAGAUGUUAUCGUGAAGCUCACUGAUCUUCAAGACGGUUGGGAACUGGACAAGACUCCCAGUGUACAGAGAUACGACUACGAAACCGCAUAUCGCAAUGGAUUCCGUGCAAAAGAUGCAUGUGAUUUUGCAGUUAAACCAGCACGUCUAGGGGUGGACGAAUUUUCUUGCAAUCUUAAAUUUAAUCAAGAAGACAGUUCCACGGAGUAUUCAAUUUAUCUUUACCCAGGGUAUACACCGCGACAGACUAGUCGAAAGACUAUUGUCGAAAGUUCUGGGAGUGACUCACCUUCUAACGGUUGUGAGGUGGCGGAUUCAGUUUCUAUUACAAUACCAGAGGAGAACGAGAUCAAUGGAAGCGAAGAAACGACAACUUUAAUGGAUGAUUCCCGGACCGAUCAAACAGAAUAUUUCAGCCGCGAUAUGACCUCGUUAGGCAGUAACAGACAACCAGCAACAGUAGAACAUUUCAACUGCUUACGCGGGGAAACCGGUUUGAAAUGGAAAGAUGUUUUGCGAAAACUGGGUUUGAAGGAGGCGUUAAUCGAAAGUAUAUGUGUCGAUCAUAGGGAAUAUGGGGUGCAAGAGAUGUUUUACCAAGGUCUACUGGAGUGGAAAGAAUGUUUCGGCGAGAAAGCUACCACCAAAAAACUGUGUGAUGUCCUUCGUGAGGAACGCUGCACGGAAGCUUUGAAAAAGUUAAGAGAAGUUGUAGAGUGUGAUGCUGCUGCUCCAGUACAAGAAAGCGCCGCAAGUCCUUGGACGACAGUAUAAAGAUUCCACAAUUCUAGUACAUGUUGGCUCAGAACGAGCUGGUUUUCCACAUGUAUAACAGACAUUUGCCGGUGGGAAAUACCUUUUCAGCCGACUUAGCUGGCCAAUUAAAACAUCAAUUCUCCUCGAUUUUUGUUUGUCGAUGAAUCCUCUUGUGACUCGGUUGCCAUUAAGUGUAAGACGAAUGCUCGGUCAGCGAAAAGGCCAGAAAUUUGUUGGAAUGGAAUCGUGAGAGCCUUAUCAAUUGAUAGCUUUACUAUUCAUACGCCUAAGGAAGUUCGUAAUUUAUUUUAAGUUAUAAGCGUUUGUUUAGAACUUUCCUUCUCCUCAGCGUCAAGCUUCUCCUUGUAAUAUUUUUGUUGUUGUUGAUCAACUCGAAAAGGCUAUCAGGAACGUACACAUGAUCAGCAAUAAAAGAGGUUCUUGUUUCA